CGACUUCCAAAAAGUGCCAACCAGAUAGAAUUUUCUAUAAAAAACCUUCAUAAAAGUUGAUGAUUCUGCAAACAUUUUUUUAUUAUAAAAAGUGUUUACAGACACAAAAAUAAAAAAAAAACACACAUAAUUGUAAAAUCAAUACAUUCAUCAUUACGCUCAAAUCUAAUAUAAGUUUCCGAAAAUAUAAUGUAUGAAUACUUUCAAAUUCCACAAAUUCCAAUGUGCUUAUUUUACGAGACAAAAUAAAAAUAAAACGUUAUAUUCGUCUAGUUGGCUACUCACCGUUGCUAAUGGCGUGAUAACAACGCAUAACUACGAUAAAUACUUCUUCGAGUGAAUUAUAAUAAACGAAUUUUAAACACAGACUAGGACAAACGAUUUUUUUAAUACAUUUUUAAAACCGUAAAAUGAAUAAAUUAUCUAAUGUGAAACUGGAGUCGGUCGACAAGGAAAAGUCUAAAAACGGUAAAGGAACCGCGUCUAAGAAAAUCCAUCGAAAAAUUGUCAAAAAACAAAUGAACGUGAUUGGACAAUUAUCAACGACUGUCGAAAACGCCCAUCUAGUGUAUUCAAAACCGAAAAUGCAAGCAAAAGCGCAAUCCAAAGUGCUACCGAAAAUGCAACCGCAAAUACAACAAAAAUUGCUGCGUGCUAUCAAAGAGCCCGUUAAAAAAUCAAUUACACAAUCGAUCACGAAAAAGUCUUCAGCGCAAAAAGUGUUGGCUGUGACCACCAAACGAACACCGACCGUCAAAAGUCAAAAGCCGUCUCGGCCUAUCAAGAAGAACCCGGUGACGAAAGAUCCGAAUUCUUCGAUCAUCGAUAGAACCGAACCGAAGAAGAAGAAACUGGUGAAACGUGUUCUGAAGGCGAUUCCUACGACGACAAAACCAACAGCGACGGCUAUUGCGAUGCCGAGAGCCACAGCGACGUUGCACGGGUUGGAAGGAACAAAUCCGACUACGCCAGCUAAGAAGCAGCCGGCAAAGAGAGUCAAACGAGUUUUGAAGAAAAAACUCGAGUCGUCUUUGAACGGGAAAAUCACAGAACCCAAGGUUGUGGGCGCGAUGCCUUUCGAAAACGUAAUGCCCAUUGAAAACACCACGAAACCACUAAUACCAACCACGACCAAACAAAAUAAUAUUUUAAAUUAUAACGAAUACAAUAUAUUAUAAAUUAAUCGUACGUUA